GUUAGCAGAGAAUGGUGACUCCCUUCCUUCCGGUCCGCUAAGCGAAGGCCGGAAGUGUCGGUUUGUAGCGUCUUUGGGAGUGGAAGGGAGUUGGUAGGGGGAGCUGAAGCAGCGAGGAGGUUCCUGAAGCUCUCGGAUUCUCUCGGCUGAGUUAGGGAUUUAACUGCCACCAUGUCGAGCAAAAGAGCAAAGACCAAGACCACCAAGAAGCGCCCCCAGCGCGCGACCUCCAAUGUGUUCGCCAUGUUUGACCAGUCCCAGAUUCAAGAGUUCAAGGAGGCUUUCAACAUGAUCGACCAGAACAGGGAUGGGUUCAUUGACAAGGAAGACUUGCAUGACAUGCUUGCUUCCCUGGGAAAAAAUCCAACUGAUGAGUAUCUGGAUGCCAUGAUGAAUGAGGCUCCAGGUCCCAUAAAUUUUACCAUGUUUCUCACAAUGUUUGGUGAAAAGUUAAAUGGCACAGAUCCAGAAGAUGUCAUCAGAAAUGCUUUUGCUUGCUUUGAUGAAGAAGCGACUGGCACCAUUCAGGAGGAUUACCUGAGAGAACUGCUGACCACAAUGGGAGACCGGUUUACAGAUGAGGAAGUGGAUGAGCUGUACAGAGAAGCACCUAUUGACAAAAAGGGGAAUUUCAAUUACAUCGAGUUCACACGCAUCCUUAAGCAUGGAGCAAAAGACAAAGACGACUAAAAAGAACUUCAAACUCCAGCCAAACGUUCCUUGUUGCCACUCUGGGUAUUUCUGAGACUUUCUCUUAGAGCCUGUUGCAUGCCCUUAGCUUUACAGCUUCUGCCUUUCUUGUUGUAUUUAUUCUCAGCCAUUUGGGGCACAUGCAUCUCUAUAAUCAGACUGGAUAUGGGACUUACUGUCAUUUUAAGAAUAGAAAAUAGGGUAAUUUAACUUACCAGCUGCCGUCUACCCUCCCCGCCCCCAGUAACUGCAGUCUACAGAGUCAAUAUAUUUUUUCAGAGAAGGUUAUUCACUCAAUUUUUUCUGAACCAUAAUUAAACUUUAUGAUAAAAACUUA